AUGCCAGCCCCCUGGCAAAUAUGCUGUGCUAAAAAAUCCAGAACUAAGCAUGGAAAAGCUGAAAUGGACAAUAUGGCAGAGACAAAUGGGAAAAUGCAGAUGAAGAAAGAAAUCACAUUAUUAAAUGGAGUUUCUUUAAUUGUAGGGAACAUGAUUGGCUCUGGGAUAUUCGUAUCACCCAGAGGUGUUUUAAUGUACAGUGCUUCCUAUGGACUGUCUCUAGUCAUCUGGGCACUUGGUGGGAUGUUUUCACUGUUUGGAGCUUUGUGUUAUGCUGAAUUGGGCACAUCCAUCGUUAAAUCUGGAGCCAGUUAUGCCUAUAUCCUGGAAGCAUUUGGUGCCUUUGUGGCCUUCAUCAGACUCUGGUCAUCCUUGCUGAUUAUUGAACCAACAACCCAGGCAGUGAUUGCAAUCACAUUUGCUAACUACAUUGUCCAACCAAUUUUCCCUCAUUGUGAGCCACCCUAUGAUGCAGUCCGGUUGAUUGCAGCUGCUUGUAUAUGCUCCUUAACAUUUAUUAAUUGUGUUAAUGUGAAGUGGGGAACUCGUGUACAAGAUGUUUUCACGUACGCAAAACUUUUGGCUCUGAUCCUGGUGAUAGCUGUUGGCUUUUACAAAAUUGGUAAAGGAGAAACAGAAAACUUGAGUGCUCCCUUCAAGGGCUCAGCAACAAACCCAGGGAUGAUUGCACUGGCUCUUUACUCUGCCCUCUUCUCCUACUCGGGAUGGGACACACUCAACUAUGUGACAGAGGAGAUGCAGAAUCCUCAGAGGAAUCUGCCUCUUUCCAUUGCAAUUUCAAUGCCUAUUGUCACUAUUAUUUACUUGUUGACUAAUAUAGCAUACUACGUAGUGCUGAACAUGUCAGAUCUCCUCACAAGUGAUGCAGUGGCUGUGACAUUUGGCAGUGAAACUCUUAGUUAUGCUAAGUGGAUAAUUCCUAUAGCAGUGGCCAUGUCUUGCUAUAGUGGCUUAAACUCAUCAAUAAUUGCAGCAUCUAGGCUUUUUUAUGUCGGAGCCCGGGAAGGACACCUCCCUGACAGCCUGAGCUUGAUCCAUAUAAAGUGCUACACACCAGUCCCUGCUCUCCUCUUCAAUGGCUUAAUGACUUUGCUUUAUCUCCUUGUGGAAGAUGUUUUCCUCCUCAUUAAUUACUACUGCUUCAACUACUGGCUUUUUGUGGGUCUGUCUGUUGCAGGACUAAUAUACUUGAGAUAUACACAGCCACAUAGACCUCGACCUAUUAAACUAAACCUCUUCUUCCCUAUAGUAUACUGUUUGUGUUCCCUUUUCCUGGUCAUAGUUCCUCUCUACAGUGACACAAUCAAUUCCCUUAUUGGCAUUGGUAUUGCCCUCUCUGGCAUUCCUGCAUAUUAUUUGGGAGUUUAUCUGCCAGUUGAAAAACGACCUAAAUGUCUGCAGUGGUUAUCUGCUACAACAACAAAAUAUGUUCAGAUGCUCUUCUACUGUGCCCUGUCAGACCUGGACAUAGACAUGGAACCUACAGCAGCUAAGAGUAAAUAA